GGAGGAUACGUCGUGUUCACCUUUCCCCUGAAACGAAAUGGGUUUGGAAAGCGAGGACAAUGAAAAAAGGACAUCAGGAAGUUCAGGUCCAGAAGCUGACCCGCAGACCCCGGUAUUGCGCAUCAGCCAGCUGGAUGCCCUCGAGCUAGACUCGGCCCUCGAGCAGCUGCUAUGGAACCAGUUCUCCCAGUGCUUCCAGAACUGCCGCCCGGGUCUGCUCACCCCGCUGGAGCCUGAACUGAGGGCUCUGCUCCAGCUGCUCCUGUGGAGGUUCACUCUGUAUUCUAGCAGUGCCACUGUGGGCCAGUCUUUACUGAGCCUGCGCUACCACAACACCCUUUCCUCGUCUCCCCGUUACAGACCUCUGUCCCGCAGGCAGAAGUUGGGUCUGGCCCUGCUCGCUGCAGGUCCGCGCUGGCUUCAGGAACGUUCCCACACUCUGCUGCUGUGCUUGGGUUUGAAUGCAGGUGGGCCCUCAUCUGAAAGAGACGGUAGUUUGCUCCAGCAGGGCCUCCGCAGUUGCCUGAGCCUUGUUUCUAGUAUCGCCCAGGUCGCAAGCCUCGUCAACUUCCUCGUGUUCUUAAGGAAAGGUCGCCAUCCUGUCCUGGCCGAAAGGAUCAUGGGAGCUCACGCGGUUUUCAGCAAGCCCAACGUGGCCCGGGACAUAUCCUACCAGUACUUGAACCGCGAGCUGCUCUGGCACGGCUUCGCCGAGUUCCUCAUCUUCCUGUUACCGCUGAUCAAUACGAGGAAAGUGAAGGCAGCAGUGUCUUCGAUUGUUUUUGGGGCAGGAAGCGCCGAUGGGGAGGGAGCACCGCAAGGGCAAGAGGUGUUCAGAGAGUGCGGACUGUGCGGAGAGUGGCCGACCAUGCCUCACACGGUGGGCUGCCAACAUGUUUUCUGCUACUACUGCAUCAAAAGCCACAGCAUUGCAGACGCUUACCUCACCUGCCCCAAGUGUGGCGCAGAGGCAGGACAGCCUGAGCUGGUCAAGAUGCAGGUGGAGAUGAUUGGCAGGUGAUGAUGUGAGAGUGAGACUCAUUGAAAGUAGCAUGGUGGUUCAUAUCUUUAUAGCUGAACAAAUGGAAUACACACAUGCAGCAAACAGACUCAUAACUGACCCCAGUUGUAUGAUUAUGAAAAUGUAUCUUAAAGUUUAACUUAUUUUGAUUAAAACUUUAUAAAUAAUUAACCAUUUUCACAUAAAGAUAUUUUGUAAAGACAAAACAGGAAGUAUGAAGAAAGGGGUUCAACAGUGCCUCCUCUGUGCGCAUUCCUCCCUUUUGGAAGAUUUACACAGUAGUCGUGUCUGAGUUUAUGACAGGACUUCAGUCUUUAUGAUGUCUGUCUUUUCUGAACACACAUCGACCCUCUGUGUUUAAUGUAUGUGUGCAUAUAUUGACAAUCGUCUGCCCCUUUCGUUUCUCCGGCUGGACUUUGGACAGAACUAUUUGUCUUUGGUGCACUGGACAGACUACAGAGAACCACACAGAGCAUAUAUUUGAUGAGUGAACGUGUUGAUUUAUGCUCCAAAUUGGCUGUGUGUUAGUGCGUGUGUGUGUGUGUGUGUGUGUUUGUUGAAAUGGGAAUAUUUGUUCUGAUGAAAAAUGCAGAAAGUCAGCUGAAUAAAUAAUGGGAGGAAUUUCUGAUGCCUCUCAU